UGAGAGAAUCCUUUGUGUCUCUGGCUUUCACAGUUUACUCAUGUCUGUGGGACUAGAACCAGACUUAUUUGGUGAUGAGGUGUUUACCAGCAUGUUUCCCAUCCACCGCGCCUGUCGGGACGGAGAUGUUGGCGCUUUGGCUUCACUGUUACAGCAGCUCUCACACAUAGACCGGGCUCCUCUCACCGCUGAGGACUCAUGUUAUGGAUGGACCCCCAUUCAUUGGGCAGCUCACUAUGGACAGCUGGAGUGUGUGGUGCACCUUGUGCAGAUGGGCUGUGAGGUGAACACGGUGACCAGCCGCUUUAACCAGACACCAACACACACUGCAGCGUUUGGAGGACAUCCUAACUGUGUGGUAUGGCUGACUCAGGCUGGAGCUGAUGUCAACAAGCAGGACUUUGUCGGAGAGGCUCCCAUACACAAGGCUGCCAGGUCAGGUAGCUUGGAGUGUAUCCAGGUCCUGCUGAUAGCAGGUGCUAAACCACAUUUAAGGAAUGCUAACGGGCAGACAGCAGCAGACCUGGCCCAAACUCACGGCUUCCACGACUGCUCCCGCUUCAUCUCCAAUGCCCAGAAACACCUGCUGCAGCUGAGUGGACUCCAUGUGAACGGAGUGCAGAAUGGAAACGGCGCCUCUUGUGGUCAGAUUGUGCUCAGCAGGAAGAGGUUGCUGACUGCCACUGAGGCUGGUUACAUGAAGAAGGCCAAAAACGACGUAUUGAUGCAGAGUAAUGCAGGUGAGGAGCUGGACAGCUUUAACAUGGAGUCUGCACAGGAGCUCAGCUCAGCAGAUGGAACCAAAGCCAUCAGCAGCACACUGCCAGCUGCUGACCAGGAUCACACUGCACCAAUGCAAACCUCCACAUGUAACAAGGAGUCCUGCCCUCCAGCUAAUCAGCAGACAGUAGUCAUAUCCAGUCAGCGCGCUUCAGCUGACAUGUGUGGCUCCCUCCAUCUGACCGGGAGUCCCAGCAGCUGUGUGUCCCACCGGCCGGCCUGGUGGGGGCUGAUGGGAGCCGAUUGUGGAGACUUCCAGCAUUAUGGACACUACCACGGCUUUGGAGACACGGCUGAGGAGCUGACUGAUAGCAGCCGCCUGGACUACAAGAGCAGCAUUCAGGCAGAGCAGAAAUACAACCAGGCAGUGGCAAGCAGCAUCCACCUCUACCAUGGCUCGUAAAGAGUGAGGAUUCAUCAUCACACAUGCAACAAGACUGUCCACCUGCAUAUUGCUAUUAAAGGAACAGUUUGACAUUUGCUGUCAGAUCUAGAGUCACUACAGAGAUCCAGAACAUGUUCAUCCUUGUUUGACUAAAU